AUGGGGAUAACAUCAUCUAUAUACAUCUUCUACAUCCAAUUCAUUCUGGCAAGCGACAGUGCAGCCAUCAGUGCUGGCCGAAGUUAUGGAAAGCAACUGGUGAUGCUAAGCGAGGUGGUGUCUGGUCCUGCCCUGGGAAGACCACUGGCGCUGCACUUCGACGCCAUCCUUCCAGCAGAUUUGAAAUGGGCAGUCCUUAGCGUUAAGUCUGUGCAGCAAACGCCUCAUCUCACUCUGACCCUGGGCCUCAACCAGAGCCGCGAGUGGCAACCGCAACAGGAGGCAGCAGAAGAGGUUCAUUCUCACGUUUUGUCAUCCUCGUCUUUAUUGCACGUUGUGUUAUGGCUCACACCACGGGCCGAGAUUUUGCGAGAGCUAUGGGCCCACUGGAAGCCUCGCAACCUGUUACUCUUCAGCCUGGGAUCGUCCCUUGCCACUGACGUGCUGCGGGAUGAAGCGCUAAGCGGCGUAAAUAAGCUAGCUCUCAUUGGGCAUCUUUCGGCUGAAGUGAAGGGAGAUCCUGACGCCUUUGGAGUGUACACUAUGCUGCCCUUCUCCUCCACUGGUGUGCAGCUCCUCGGCCCGUGGAGCCGUGACUCCUUCAGUAGCUGGGAGGCGCUUUUCCGGGACAGGUUCUCAUCUUUCGAAGGAUACAUUUUCCAAAUAGCCCCUUAUGUAGAUUAUCCUCCUUUUAUAUACCGACCAUUUGUAGAAGAGUCGAAGUUUCCUUCAAAAAAAUAUGGAAGAGGAGUUGCCGUACAGGUGUUUGAGGCCAUUUCAAAGAAACUAAAUUACAGUUAUACCAUUACAGAAAUGGUGGGCAAAUGGGGUGCAAUAGAAAACGGUUCUUGGGUCGGUAUUCUCGGCACCAUGGCAAGAAAGGAAAAAAACUUUACAAUAAGUGGAUUUUACAUUAAUGAGGAACGCUUGAGUGGUUUCGAUCCAUCCGUCACUGUGGGUAGAGAAAGCAGCAGUGUGUUCGUACCCAGCCCCAAGCCCCUGCCUGAGUGGCUCAGUAUUGUGAGGCCUUUCAGCCCCACCGCCUGGGCAUCUUUCAUGGUGGUGGUCGUUAUCUCUGUAUUCUCCAUGGCGACAAUGGAGAGAGUGACGCGCGGGCGCAACAGGAGCGUCUCACUAGCCGCUUGGCAGGAUAUGCCGCGGGCGCUGGUGGCUCAGAGCAUCCCGAACUUGCCUGUAGCGUUGUGGCAGCGAGUGUUCGUGGCUGUUUGGUUACUUGGAUGUCUGGUCGCCACGGCUGCCUACACUUGCAACUUGGUUAGCAUUUUCACUAGCAUCACCUAUCCAAGCCGCCUCCGAACCCUGCAGGACCUAGCAGACAGCAACUACAGACUGGCGUUACUAGACAAUGGCGGCUAUACGGUGCGUCUGGUGCUGUAUUCCAAAGGUCCACUUUAUCAGAAGAUGCGUCAGAAGCUGGAUUUGUUCUCGUCCAUCGAUGACGCGGUGACAGCCAUGAAGGCAGGACAGCACGCCAUCGUGGCCAUUGAAAGCUCCUCACAAUUCUCCAUCAUGAGGCAGAUGAAGGAUGACGAGUGGUACAUCAUGGAGGAGAAACUCUUUACAGGCAGAACGGUUUGGUUAUUCCAGAAGAACACGGCUUGGCAACACAAAUUAGACGAGAACAUCCAGCAACUUCAUUACUUUGGACUGAUCGAAUACUGGCACAAGGUUGAGAAUCUGGAGUGGAUUAAAGCCCAUUUAGGCAACAAGGACCGACAAGGGUCAGGACGGGACGGGCCCGCUCCGUCUCUCACGCUGCGGCACCUUCAGGGAGUAUUCUACAUCCUGAGCCUUGCCUGGGUGGCCAGCGGGACACUCCUGCUGCUAGAGCUGCUUACCCACCGCCUCCGGGAUCGCUUACCGUCACUGUGUCAUUGCUAA